ACUGUUAUGCAUGAAAUGCUCUGCUUAUAGGUACCCCGCAUGAUACAUCCUAUUCCAUCUCUUAUCCUUGUUCCCCUGCCGCGUAGACUGCAGCAGCUGGUGCUAUGUAACCUGUAGAGAAACGCUGCGCUGGAACGUGGGUUCGUGCAAUUGGAGAGCUCCCGCGCCUGUAUAUAUCGAGGUAUAUAAAGAUAUGCGACCGUCUUACCGCCUCCUCGCUCCUUUAACCCUGUUCUGAAUCUCUUCUCCUCUGCUUGCCUAGCAUACUUUUCACUUCAUAUCGAAACUCGUCCUCGCGCAAAAUGGUACAUCUUGCUAAGUUACCCGCCGACGGGGAAAAUUCCAACUUACCGGAGGCCGUCAAGAAGAUCAGCCUACAGCUAAGCAACGACGAUGAUAGCUAUACGACAAGCGUCUACGGCUCUAGGUUCGCCGCGGAAGACCUCCCCAAGCAUGAGAUGCCCGAGGGUGAGAUGCCUAAGGAGAUCGCCUACCGCAUGAUCAAAGACGAGCUGAGUUUGGACGGCAACCCGAUGCUGAAUCUCGCCUCAUUCGUUACCACUUACAUGGAGGAAGAGGCUGAAAAGCUCAUGGCCGAAAGCUUCUCCAAGAACUUCAUCGAUUACGAGGAGUAUCCGCAGUCGGCCGAUAUCCAAAACAGAUGCGUUUCCAUGAUCGGCCGGCUCUUCAAUGCGCCUACCGAGCACGAAGAGGGCGGUGGUGCUGUUGGUACCUCGUGCGUAGGUUCUUCGGAGGCUAUCAUGCUAGCCGUACUAGCCAUGAAGAAGCGUUGGAAGAACAAGCGCGUAGCCGAGGGCAAGCCUACCGACAAGCCCAACCUCGUCAUGUCUUCAGCCGUGCAAGUGUGCUGGGAGAAGGCGACGCGUUACUUCGAGGUCGAAGAAAAGCUGGUAUACUGUACGCCAGACCGUUACGUUAUCGACCCUAAGGAGACGGUCGACCUCGUCGACGAGAACACCAUCGGCAUCUGUACUAUCUUGGGUACCACCUAUACCGGCGAGUACGAGGACGUCAAGAGCGUCAACGACCUACUGGUAGAAAGGGACCUCGAUAUUCCGAUCCACGUCGAUGCCGCUAGUGGUGGGUUCGUUGCCCCUUUUGUAGUUCCGGAUCUAGAAUGGGAUUUUAGGCUCGAAAAGGUCGUCUCUAUAAACGUCUCGGGCCACAAGUACGGUUUAGUUUAUCCCGGCGUCGGCUGGGUCGUGUGGCGGGAUGCGAAAUACUUGCCCCAGGAACUCGUCUUCAACAUAAAUUACCUCGGCGCCGACCAAUCGUCCUUCACGCUGAACUUCUCCAAGGGUGCUAGCCAGGUCAUCGGGCAGUACUACCAGCUGAUCCGGCUAGGAAAGAAGGGAUACCGGGCCAUCAUGUCGAACCUAACGCGCACGGCCGAUUACCUAUCCGAAGCCCUCGCAGCGCUAGGCUUCGUAAUUAUGAGCAAGAAAUCAGGCGAAGGUCUGCCGUUAGUCGCCUUCCGGUUGCCGGACGCUAAAACGGAGCGCAACUACGACGAGUUCGCGCUGGCGCAUAAGUUACGUGCCAGGGGCUGGGUGGUGCCGGCGUACACCAUGGCGCCGCACACUAACGACCUUAAGAUGCUUCGCGUGGUCGUCCGCGAGGACUUCACCAAGAACCGAUGCGACUCCCUCAUCUCAGACAUUCGGUACUGCCAGCAGCUUCUGGAACAGCUAGACAAGGAGUCCAUCGCCAAGCAAGAAGAAUUUAUCCGCAAGCACACCAUGAACAGCGGGCAGGCCACGCACAACCACCCUCGAUUCCGCGUAAGCCUAUUUCUACCUUCCCCCCUUUUCAAUUGUUUCCUCGCGAUUCCAUACUAAUCCUCGAGGCGAUAGAAAGAAAAGCAUUCGAUCCAGGGCAAGCACGGAAAGACGCACUCGAUCUGCUAGAACUAGUCGGUGUAUGGGUGCCUUGCGGUUUUGGACUUGAUAGCGUUAUGUUAAAAGGGUGAUUGGCAUAAGGAAAACUGGAUGAUUCCUAUGAUGGUGAUGAAUACCUUUGAUGGUGAUGAAUACCUUUGACGGCGAUGAUGGUUAUCCUAGUACAUGUCUCCUAACAAAACCAUGAAAAUUAAACCCAAGUCCACAACAUAUACCUAAUCUAAAGGGUUUGUUACUAGACCUAUCUAGAAAAUAGCUUCGAAUUAAAGAUCCAAAAGGCGUAGCAGUUUGUGCCAAGUAUUUUGUCUAAGGGGUACC